ACUUCUGUGUAUGUUUUAUGGGUUUUCUCCAUCUCAAGCAGUUCAAUUGGCAAGUAAAUUGAAAUUGUUCUGUGUUUUGUAAGUGGGGGAGAUUCUUGAUAGGCCAAUGCAUGCCUUUGCAACUUCAUGUGGAGUUUUUUUUUUAAUCAGCCAUGCCUUGAAGUGCUCGACUUUCGCGCAUUAUGUUGUGAACGUUCAUUCUGGAAAUCAUGUCUGCAUGGUCGUAUCGGUUUAUUUGCUCUUUUGAAUAACGCUAUAAGGGGGCAUGACAACGUGCAGGUACGUUUCAAGUGAGUUGGCAACUGAUAUCACUGUCAGUGUUGGGAGUGUAAAGUUCUACUUGCAUAAGUUUCCUCUUCUGUCAAAGAGCGCACUUCUGCAGAAACUGGUCGCAGCUACCAAUAAUGAUGACAGCGAUGAAGUCAACAUCUCGGACAUUCCCGGUGGUCCUGCCUCAUUUGAGGUCUGCGCCAAGUUCUGUUAUGCCUACAAUGUCGUCGCUGCGAGGUGUGCCGCCGAGUACUUAGAAAUGUACGAGACAGUUGAAAAGGGGAAUCUUAUCUACAAGAUUGAAGUUUUUCUUAGCUCUAGCAUUUUCCGUAGUUGGAAGGAUUCGAUCAUCGUUCUUCAGACCACAAAAUCCUUAUUACCACAUUCUGAGGAAUUGAAGUUGGUGAAUCAAAGUAUUGAGUCGAUUGCUGGGAAGGCCUGUGUUGACAUCUCCAAGGUCGAUUGGUCCUACUCCUACAACCAGAAGAAGCUGGGAGAGGAAAAUGGGAUGGACUCAAAUGGUGUCCGAACUCGUGUGGUUCCAAAGGACUGGUGGGUCGAGGAUCUUUGUGAGCUCGAGAUCGAGUUAUACAAGCGUGUUUUGAUGAAUAUCAAAAUGAAAGGGAUGCUUCCUGGCGAAAUCAUCGGUGAAGCACUGAAAGCUUAUGCUUACAGAAGGUUGCCUGGGUUCAGCAAAGGUAUGAGCAAGUGCAUAGAUACACCGAAGUAUCGGCUGGUGGUAGAAACAGUCGUGCGGUUGUUACCUGGAGAGAAAUGGAGCAUCUCCUGUAGUUUCUUGCUCAAGUUGUUAAAGGCGGCCAUUUGUGUCGAUUCAGGGGAGACGGCGAAAAGGGACUUGAUUAGGAAGAUAGGACAGCAAUUAGAGGAGGCUAAUGUGAAUGAUCUCCUGAUACGGGCACCAGAAGGAGAAAGUAUGAUGUACGAUGCUGGCACUGUAAUUGCUGUAGUUGAGGAAUUCUUGUCACGGGAGAGCCAGGAGAUCGAGUCCGUUGAAGAAAAACAUGAGCUGCGAGGCAUGAGGAGGCUGGGGAUCUUGUCCGAUGCUUCCAAGCUGAUGGUGGCAAAACUAAUUGAUGCAUACCUCGCUGAAAUAUCGAAAGAUCAUAACCUGCCUUUGUCCAAGUUUGUUGAACUUGCUGAGAUGAUGUCAAGUGUUCCUCGGCCUUCCCAUGACGGACUUUACCGAGCCAUCGACAUGUUUCUCAAGGAGCAUCCUGGGAUCACCAAGAGUGAGAGGAAGAGGAUUUGCAAACUGAUGGACUGCAAGAAGCUCUCGGUCGACGCGUGCAUGCACGCCGUGCAAAAUGAGAGGCUCCCUUUGCGCGUCGUCGUGCAAGUGCUCUUCUUUGAGCAGGUCAGAGUGGCUGCGUCAUCUGGGAGCAGCACCCCAGACCUCCCCAAAAGCCUUCGGGAGCUGAACAACGGGUCCCACGGAAGCUCGAGGUCCGCCACGACCAACACAGAGGAAGACUGGGAUGCCGUGGCCACGGCGGAAGAGCUCAAGGCCCUCAAGACCGAGCUGGCCUCGCUGCGGCUGAGCAUCGGGGCCCAAGGAGGGUCCGAGAGGAACGGGGACGGAAAGCCCAGCGUGGACAAGGCCACGAUAACCAAGAUGAAGGGGCUGCUCCGGUCGAAGAAAGUGUUCAUGAAGAUGUUCUCAAGCAAAAGCCAGAGCGAAAACAACAGCAGCUCGGAUUCCUCCGAGAGUCUCGGCUCUGGCAAUGGUAAUGCGGACGAAGCGAAGUCGACGCCUUCCCGGAACAGGAGGUACUCGGUAUCAUAGUCGAAAUCGGCAAAUCGGAGGUAGUUUUUAAUGUCUUUUUUUGGCACCCAACUUAAUAGGUUUAGGGACAUUAGUGUUAGAUAAUGUCCCAUUGAAGUGAAAGUGAAAGUACAUAUGAUGGCUAAGUCAUACAGGUAAGUGGUGUUCUGCUGAAGAAUUUGUAUUUUGUUAGCAAGAGUUGUUCAAGUUGAUAGUGACUUCUACUUCAGGAAACAAAAACAAAAAAAAAUGUAAUUUGCCCUUUAUAGGAAGUGUCAAUUAUGUUGUCAUUAUUA